UUUAGUGAUUUUUUUAUAAAUGAUUUCCCUGUGGGUUUGAAUAUAUGUUUUUUACUACCUCGAGUCAGAAUUUUUUCGAGUGUUGUAAUAGAUAGAUAAUGUUAAUUUUGUGAUGUAUUUGAGACCUGGGAUUCAGACCAUAGUUGGCUCAUUGCCCCAACAUUGCAUAUGCACAUUUAAUUCCAUAUGGGUAUAUUCUAUAUAUAAUAAUAAUAUUUUCUUAUAAAUUGUCCAUUUAGAUUUCUGCGAAACUUGGUUCUUUAGAUAUUUUGCAGAAGUCGUCGAUAUGAAGGUAUCUGAAUACAAUGAUCCCUUACGCCAUCGUGUGGUGAAAUCCAAGGCCCCUGUACUAGCACGAACCCUUGUUUUGCUCGUCACGGCUGGAUUUGCCCUCGUUGUUGCUUUCAGCUGUGUUUUCUACGCCGCUCAUGCUCAACACCGAAUGUUGCAAUUCCAGAAUGAGUUGACAAACAUGAAAGUUUCGUUGCACAAAAGAUCGGCAGAGUUGGAAAGCAGAGUUAGAAGAAGUGUUUCACGGAAUAACUUUGUGAAGAAACCAAUUAAACACGUUGUGAAAAGAAAUGCAAAUGUUAGUGUAAGUUUAAGGUUUGUUUGGAGAAUCUUUAACCCCGACCCUCGGGAAAUGGUGACGGAUCCACGAGGGGAUGUGUUAACGUUCGUUGACGAGUUCGAGGCAAAAUAUGAGAACCCUCCCCAGAUGUUUAGGGGAAGCUACGGCGAAGCUCAAGCCGAAGCCAAGAAGAAUCUUCAAUUUCUGCUCGUAUAUUUACACGACCCACAUAAUAAAGAUUCCGAACCAUUUUGUUCGGGUACUUUGUGCAAUAAUGAUGUUGUGGAAUAUAUAAACACCAAUAUGUUGUUCUGGGGAUGCUCCAUACAGAAACCGGAGGGCUACAAAGUUUCGAAACUGAUCCGAAACCCAACAUACCCCUUGGUGGCCGUGGUGUGUCUUUACCAAAACCAACUUGCUAUCGUAGGGAGAGUGCAAGGGAAAGUUACUGCUGAGGUUGGGGCAUGGGCAACUCUGGUCAGAUUACGUGAAAUAGUUGAUCUCUAUGAGCCGGUGUUGGUGUCGGCUCGUGCGGACCGUGAAGCACUCAACCAGAACCAACAGAUUCGCGCCGAGCAGGACGAAGCUUAUUUAUUAUCGCUGGAAAAAGAUAAACAGAAGAUGGAUAAGAAGAGAAAGGAAAAAGAGAUCGCUGAAAAUGAAGAAAGAAGAAAAGAAAAGUUAAAACAAGAGAAAGAAUUGUCGCGGCAAGCACAACUUGAGAUGAAACUUAAAUGUAAAAAAGAUAUUUGUGAAGAACCAAGUGAUGGCGAUGAUGUCAUUUCAUUAUUGAUUAAAUUUCCGUGCGGAAAACGAAUCAACAGAAGAUUCCAUAAAGCUGUUUCUGUGAAGGUGUUACACGAUUAUGUUUAUGCACAAGAUGAAGCACCGGCUCGUUACCAAAUAUUCACUAGUUUUCCCCGAGCACCAAUAGCUGGAUGUUCAACGGAUGAGGUUAUUUCAACGCAAAGUCAUCCUUUAAUACAAGAUGCUGGCUUAAACAGGAACGACACGGUGUUUGUGCAAAAUGUGGGGGAAGAUUCUUCGUCUGAUGAUGAAGAUAGAUAAUAUAUAUUAUCCCUGUUAUUGUGAUAUUCAGAUUUAAUAAAUAAUACAACACGUGACCGCGUAAAA